AUGGCCAGUCCAUUGCCACCGAAACGCCGGAGGGACUUCGAUGUCGCAAUUAUCUGCGCGCUACAGUUGGAAGCCGACGCUGUAGAGGCACUCUUCGACUAUUUCUGGGAUGAAGAUGGCGAUCGAUACGGAAAGGCAUCGGGAGACCAGAAUGCAUAUCGAACUGGGGUAAUCGGCGAUCAUAAUGUCGUGUUGGCAUACAUGCCAGGCAUCGGAAAGGGGCACGCAGCAAGCGUCGCAGCGAGUUUCCGAUCGAGCUUUCAGGGUAUCCGACUUGCGUUGAUUGUUGGAAUCUGCGGAGGGGUGCCAGGCAGAACCGACAACGAUAUAUUCCUUGGUGAUAUAAUCAUCAGUGAUGAGAUCGUGAUAUACGACUUCGGCAGGAGAUUUCCGGCGGGGUUCCGACGCAAGGAGAUAGUAACCGAUUCUGCUGUGAAUAUCGAAGUGAGAGCCUUCUUGCACAAAAUCAAAAGUCGAAAGGGUCGUGAACAUUUACUCGGCAGGACCCAUCACCAUCUCACUGCCUUACAAAAGCGAAUCAGUGACUAUCGCAGCCCUGCGAGAAUGCUAGAUCGACUUUUCGAGCCGACCUACCAUCAUAAGCAUCAUAUUCCCUCGAGAUGCAGGAAGUGCAAGAAGGACGAGCAUUGCGCAAAGGCCCAGGAGGCCACAUGUGAAACGUUGAAAUGUGAUUGGAAGGAAUUGGUUGUUCGUUCGGGUCCAUCACCAGGUGGGAUCAAUAUCCACUUCGGGCGAAUAGCCUCAGGAGACACGGUCAUGAAGUCUGGCGAGGACCGAGACAGAAUUGCUGCGGAGGAGAAUGUGAUCGCGUUUGAGAUGGAGGGUGCAGGCAUUUGUAAUAAUCUGCCCUGUAUCGUGGUAAAAGGGGUGUGUGACUAUGCUGAUAGUCACAAGGAUAAAAUAUGGCAAAGGUACACAGCCGCAACAGCCGCUGCGUGUAUGAGGUCGCUACUGGAACAAUGGGCAAUUAUUGAUCAGCCUAAAGGAAGUGACAGACAGCUUAAGGGUUCCACACAAGGAUAUUAUUCUUCUCGCCUCGAUACUCUUUCCGAAGUAGAAUCCACUCAGUCAACUCAUUGUGACGAAGCAUAUCAGUCACAAAAGAAUCAUGAUACCAGGGAUGAUGACCUACUACAAGGUAAUCUUUGUCCUUCUAAACUAGCUGGCCCUAAGCUGACCAUUCUAGUUUUGCCGACAAUUGAAUCGAGUUUCAAGAUUACACUUACCUGUUUCAAACAACACCGAAAGUAUUUGCCUCGAGAUGUUGAUCUUAAGAGCACAUUGAAAACCCAGCGCGUUAUCUUCUCGAGUAAUGUGGAAAUCCUGUCGUCGGAUGCUUCGGGUUCUCUUAACAAUCCCCUCGGUUCGUCGAAAAAUAUUUGCCUGGAGCUGACUCUAGCAAUCCGAACGAAGCUUGAGGAGAUUGACGACAUCACAAGGCGUCUUCCUGUUGCUACUAAGGCGAAAGUACAGCACAGGACUGCCGCAGACAGGCUCAAGGAUGCUGUAGAAGACUUAAAAUCCCUGGUUCAGGUCUUUGCAUCCUCUAUCCCCCAACGCAAACAGCCUCGACUAUCAGAAGAGUCGAAAAUAGCCAAAACUCCCAAAGGUCGCCGCGAAUUUCAGCACUUCCGCAUUGUCCAGCAAGCCGCUUGUAGCCUUUAUGAUGCUCUUGGAACGGCCUGUAAUGCGCAUUCUGUCCAUGACGUGCAUCUAUCCCUCCAACCGGACCUUAAUGAGACACGAGUGCGAUUCAAUGUGGCCUUUAUCCAGAAUCCCAUGGUGCCGGGGAAGGCAGUCUGGAUUAAUGUGGAAUCAACCAUCAAAUCUUCCGAGCCGAGUUCCCAACCGGUCUCCACAUCAUCAUCAAGGGGUCACUCUUCUCUCAAACGACCAAGACAACUUAACGAAGCACAUUGUCCACCAACAUCUCGUAAACGUGUACAGUUUCGUCUUUUACCCGGGCCUCUACAAUCAGUGUGCCCUGAAGAACCCAUUAUUGGAAUCCCAAAUCUCUACCUCCAACGGAAUUUCUGCACCGUGGUCGAGAGGUCUUUACACCAAAAAGAAUGUAAUGGUUGCAUCGGGCUUCUUGGAGACAACGAUAUCUGUAAACAUUUGGCAUAUAUGGGAAAUCAGACCAACAGCAUGACCGCUUCCACAUCACUCUCCCAACUGAUAUCACUGUCAGGAACCGACUCCACUGGAGGCAUGGGUCUCUACGAGCGCGUCCGACUAGCCAGAUAUCUCGCCACUGCUGUUCUCUACUACCAUUCUACACCGUGGCUCAACAAGGCAUGGCGUAGUGACGACGUUCAGUUUUUCGGAUAUCACGAUUCCUUGCUCCAGCAGGCACAACACGUCCUACCAUAUAUGACCACAUCUAUCCGAGCACCAAACUCCUCAAUGAGAUCUCACCCCCGAUCCUCCGAUUACCAUCACAUCAUCCGUAACCCUGUUCUCUUUGGGCUAGGUGUCAUGUUCCUCGAACUUGCAUACCAAGCUCCCCUCAGAACCCUACAACAACCGGUCGACCUCAAAAAAGGAGAAACACAGGGCUUUGCGGAUUAUUUCACAGCGCACAGAUUAGUAGACGAUAGCUACCGCAUGGUGAGCAAGAGUUUUAAAAUCAUCAUCAACAAAUGCCUGCACUGCGACUUUGGGCAUGACAGUGACUUUGCGAGUCCUGCGCUUCAAGAGGCUUUCUAUCGUGAUGUUAUUACGGGUCUUGAGAAUCUAGAAAAGGUUUUUCGGGAAUUGCAGCUUGAUGAUCUGGAACCUACUCCGGUGUGA